CGCAGCAGUCAGACGGCACGAAGAAAAUGGCGAAGGCGACAAAGAAAUGUACAAAGUAAUCCAGUACGUUUAUACGGUUGAAGGAGUUAAUUAAGAAGUGGCAGGUUGCGGGUGUUGACGCAGUUUCUGAGCUGUUUGAAAGAACGAUGGCGUCGGGCGGGGAGGAACUUUCCAGAAAAAGAGAGGAGAACGAGCGACAACUGGAGGUUUGCACGACGUACGUUGUGCUAAAAAUCCCAGAUGUCGAGCAGCUCGGCCCUCAGCUGCAGGGAGGGGGCGCCACUUUGAAGCAGGAUGAUCCACAGACCCCUCACGCUAAAGAGGAAGAGGAGGAACUCUGGACCACUCAAGAGGGAGAUUGUCUUCUGGGGCCGGAGGAGGCUGAUCUCACCAAGUUUCCACUGGCUGGUGUGUCUGUGAAGACUGAAGACCAUGAAGACACACCACCUGAGUCCUUACAGCUUCAUCACAGUCCACAUGUCCAGCAACUGAUUGGUCAUCAAGUAGAACGUGCCCUUCAGCCGCAGCAGGGGAGCUCCGCUUUGAAGCAGGAGGAGCAGGAGUCCCUUCAUGUUAAAGAGGAAGAGGAGGAAGCCUGGACCGCUCGGGACGGAGCGUGUUUUCUCGGGCCGGAGGAGGCUGAUCUCACCCAGUUGCCGCUGACUGGUGUCCCUGUGUGGACUGAAUACUACGAAGACAAACCACGGCUUCUUCCUGAGGCUGAACACGGGGACUACACCCAAGAAACUUUGAGCGACGAUAUCGAUUGUGAAGGCGAUAAGAGAUCUCACAGCGACAGCAAACACACGGAGUGCUCUAAAAAGAAGACGACAGAAGAAAAAGGUAGGCUGGCAUCAUGUGCCAUGGCUGAACAACGACCUAAAAAAAGGACUCGGAAAUCGCAAAGAUUUCUCGACCGCUAUGGGGAGAGAUGGCCUUGCCUCAUCGUUUCCAGGCUGCCUUAUCACGCGUUCUGCACCGUGUGCAAGACAGACAUUGACAUCAGUCACCAAGGGGCAACAGAUUGCAGACGCCACGUAGAAGGAGCGAAACACAAAAAAUUUGAAAGGGCCUUGCCCUUCGUCCCGAAGAUCACCCCGCCAUUUUCUGCCGAUCCGGAUCUACGGACUAUCCGGGCAGAAACACUGUUCACCAACUUUAUAGCAGAGCACAAUUUGCCAGUGGCUGUCGCUGACCAUGCAGGGCCGUUAUUUAAGAAGAUGUUUCCAGACAGUCAGAUUGCCCAACAUUACGGCUGUGCCAGAACUAAAACAACUGCUAUACUGAACACGAUUUCUUCAAAUGACGAGCAGGUCAUCACUGACCUAAUGUGCUGCUUCCCUUUCAGCAUAGCUACUGACGGCAGCGCAUCAGACAUGGACGGUGUGAAAUUGCAUCCUUUAGUUGUCCGUGUGUACGAGCCCAGUGUUGGGAAAAUAGCAGUAGUGCUGCUGAAAGUUGUUGAGUGUCGGGACUCUACCAGCGAAGGGAUAUACAAUCUCAUGGACCAGGAACUAAACAAAAGGAAAAUACCGUGGGGUAAUUGCGUAAGCUUUGCCGCUGACAAUGCCUCUGUCAUGCAGGGGGCGAGAAGAGGUGUCGCGGCAUUCAUAAAAUCCCGGAAUCCGCACAUUUACAUAGUUGGUUGUGCGUGCCACCUCAUGCAUACGGCCGCGGAAAAGUCUUCCUCGAGUUUGAGCAUUGACAUUGAGGACAUGCUGAUUGUGAUCUACUACUACCUUGACAAGAGUAGCAAGAGGAAAGCGUUGGUGCGCGAGCUUCAAAUGCUGUGCGACACUGAUGUCAGGAAGAUUUUGAAGCUAUCCUCCACCAAAUGGCUGGCUCUGGGCAAAUGUGUCCAACGACUCCUCCAGCAGUGGGAACCGCUGACUCGUUUUUUUGCAGAAGAGGCAGCAGGGAAGGAGGAAGCUAAACCUCCUGCAUCGUCGGCUCAUCUCUCGCUGAAGAACGCAGCUGCCUGGAAGCCCUCAACUCUCACGUCUACCUCUGGGAAGUCCUCCAAAUUCUGUCUCAGAAAGUCCAAGAUGGGCCCGAGUUCCACACAGCGACAGGCAGCGCCGGGCGCUUUGCCCAAAGGGGUUGACCACUUUAUGUGUCUGCAAAAACAAAUGGGCGAGAAUCAGAAGGAUCUGUCCGAAAAGGCAGAGACCACAGCAGUCAGAAAACCGCAAAGGGUCUAUGCGUUCCUGACUGACCCGCAGGCCAAGCUGUAUGCUCUCUUCUUGAAAAGAGCUGUGCCGUUAUUUGAAACGGCAAAUCAGAUCCUGCAGAAAGAGGAGCCGUGCGUGCACACAUUGCUGCAGACGUUGGAGCUGCAGUUACAAAAAUUGUUGCUGGCCUUCUGCAAACCUGAGUGCGUGGUAGAAAUGAUGGAAGAAGUCAAGGGAGGACACCAACCCACUCUGUACCAAUCCAGCGAGCACCAGCUGCCUGAUGAGGAGCUGUGUAUCGGACAUGACACGCAGAUAUUUAUCAAAAGCCAAGGUGAAUUACCUCUUGGAGCUUUCUUCAGGGAUGUGAGGAAAUAUUUCACAGUAGCUGUUGAUUACUUGCUAUCUUCAUUCCCCUAUGGGGACGAACUGCUGCAUCACGCCGCCGUAGCUGACAUCAGCAGACGGCAAACGGCCAAAUUCUCCUCGCUGACGUACUUUAUAGACAGGUUCCCCUGCUUGUUGGGGAAUGGCGUCACGGUGGAUAAAGUGGACGAUGAGUUUCGGCUCUUUCAGUCCACCGCCUUGGAUGAUGAUAUUCUUACCAAACGGGUGGAUGAGGCUUGGGUAGAAAUAGGAGCGAUGGAAUCGGGAGGGACCAAGCUGUUUUCAAACCUCUCCGCAGUCAUGCUCGGUGUGUGUGUGAUUUUUCACAGCAAUGCGGACUGCGAAAGGAUCUUCAGCUUGGUCACUAAAAACAAGACGGCACGUCGUGCUUGCCUGAGUACAGAGGUGCUCAGUUCUCUGGUGACGAGAAAAGUCAUGAUCGCCUCCAAAGGCAGCGCUUGUUACAAAGAGACUUUCACUGAUGCGCUACUUAAAAAAGCCAAAUCUGCGACUUACAAUAAGUUUAACAAAGCCAAUGUUUGAACAUUACGUUUGGUCAUUUUGAAUAUUUUUUGGCGUUUGUUCACAGCACACUGACUGAAAUGGAUAACUCCUGAUUUAGGGGUGUAACGGUACUACUUCCUCGCGGUUCAAUACACACUUUUUGGUAUUAAGGCUAACGGUUUGGUUCAUUUUUGGGACUGCUUAGCUCCUGAGUCAACCAACCCCAUCGUCCAUCUUUGGGACUUGCCCGGUUGAUUGCUGGUGUGAAUUCCCUAGUUAUGUUUAUAUUUUGUACAGGCACAGCUGGGGACGGACUUCAUGUUUUUUUUUUUUGUUGUUGUUGUUUUUUAUGCCCGGCACCUUGCAGGGCAGCUAAGGGUCCUUCUUAGGACCAAUGGCACAUUCUAGCCUAGCCAUCCGCGCAGCUGCUGUUGAAAUGCAUGCAUAUGUUUACGUCUGUGUUGGUGAUAAGAGAGAGACAAUACAUCAAUGUCAAAUCAGCACAGCUGGAUGAAAAUGUGAACUGCGUUUUCAUAAACGCUCCAUCCUUUCUGACCGGAGCGGCUGUGCGGACAAGGCGCUCCAGCUAAUUUGCGUAAGUCACAUGCAGUCCUCGCUCUCCGCCACAGUCGUGAAAAUAUUCGGAAAAUGAAAUUCUUUAUCACAUUGUUGCCCUCUCCCCCUGGAGAGUGACCGACAGACAUGCGUUUUGACCACUGAACACACCCGGAACACACAUACACUCUCCAGGCACGCACCCAGCCCUGAGGUCGGUCUCCAAAGCCCGGUCGGAGGUUCCAGCACACACCAAUUUAGAUCUUGUCUCGGUUCACAGCCAAGACCAGGGGUCUUGUGUUAAAAAAGGUUGGUGAUCACUGGCUUAGCUUUUGUGUUUCAUAUUUUUCAUAGAGCCACUGGUUCCAGAGCCCUUGCUGUGUGUCGGAGUGAGUCCGACUAUAUCUAGCUAGACCUUCUCCACCUUGCACACCAGCUCUGGCUCUUUCCCCACCAGACAGGUGACAUUCCACUUGUCAAGAGAUAGCUUCUGCAGCUGAGGACUGAACUGCCAAGGUUCUCACCUUUGGCCGCCACCCAACACGCUCUGCACUCGAACCCUUUGGCCCCUCCCACGAGUAGUGAGCUCAUGGGAGGGAUAAAGUCAAAAUAUUGUGAGAAAAAAGUUGUAAUCUAACAAGAAAAAGUCAAGAAAAUAAUGUAAUAUUACGAUGAAAAAUAGAAUGAUUUUAGUACCACAAUGUUGAAAUGUUAAAUGUUAAAAUAUUAAAACGUUAUACUUAAAAAAAAAACCCAACAACAACAAAUAAAAACCCUGAAAAAUGAGGGUGCAUAAAAAUAUCUUUUGCUACGAGAAUAAAGUGAAAAUAUGGGAAUAAAGUUAUUAAAAACUGCUGUAAUUUUAUGAGAAUAAAGGCAAAUAUUAAGAGAAAAAGCACAUUCUAACGAGAAAGCCAAUUUCAAUUUUCGCAAAUAAACAGGUAAUAUUAUGGUGAAAAAUAGUAAUUUUAAUAGCAUGGAGUUGGAAAUAUUAAAGCCAUAUUAUGAGAAACAAAAUAAAUAAAGUUGUCAUUUUUGGAAAAGGAGAAAAAAUGGGGAAAAAAUGGAACAAAGAGCGAUGUUCAUUCAAAUAAUUUGCCUUUUUUUAAAAAUUAACUCCCAAAGCUGAGAUGCAGUUGUUAUUGUAGCUUUACAAAAUCCCAAAGGGGCCCCUGGAUCCUCUCAUUUUCCACUAUGUGGCCCUCGUUGGAAAAAGUUGGGACUCCCUUGUUCUUGUCAUUGAAAGAAUCACAGGAGAACACACCCAGGAGAAAAACCUUUUGAUUGCUCACUUUGUGGUUAAAAAAAACACUUUUCUUUUAAACCCAGCUUGAUGCAUACAUGCAGACGCGUGCUGGACAAAAACUGUCCAACACGCCAAUGGUGCGUCCAAACUUGAACGCACCAUUUGAAUGCACAACAUGCAUGAACCCUUUAGCUUACACAUGCGAACACGCAUGUUCUUGCCUAAACAAGAAUAAAUGAUUUUUUUUCCGAGAGUCAACAAGAAUCAUCUCAACCUGACUGGAACAAGUGUUUACAUUAAGUCAGAUGCUGGCAUCUCAAACCAGAUCAGACUUUUGGCAGCCAUUUGAAUUUAAAAUGACAUUUGAACAUGUUUUGGAUGUUUCUGAUGUAUGUCUGUCCAAUCUGGUCAAGAAAGUCAUUUCAUGUGCUUAUGUAAGUGUUGUUUGUUUUGGGGGUGUUUAAACCAGAAAUGUCUUGUUCAGAUGUUUUUUAAUGAGGCGAUUGUCGCUUUAUUCUUGAUAGAUUGCAUUCUGUGACAGAACAACAAGGCUGUCUGUAGCUGUGUGGUUUGGGAAGUGAUUGUAUUUCUGGAACUAUGUGUAUGAUGCACCGUUUAUACUUUAAGAACCGCUUGUGAUGAGACCAAAGGACGUACAGUAUUGCGGUUUAAUCCAUACAUGUUAUUCCAUGUAUUACCUGUCUUUCUUGUAAUGCAUGACCAAAAAUCUUAGUCAAAAAUGAGCAAAACCAGGCAACUGCUUUCAGCAUCAAGUUGCUGUGUUAGACAGCAACGUGAUCAUCGUCCAUUCUUGAUUAUGGUUAGGAUGAUGUCGUCAUGACGUCCUCUUAAAGUCCACUCGUCCAUUCAGGGGUGUACUGUAUCCUGCUACGUUGUCCAUAUCUAUUUUUUAAGUGUUGUGUUUAUAGCGCUGCUUCACUGAUCUUCUGGUGUUGACAACAUCCAGCAAUGCCAUUAAAAUAUGAAUUAGUAUUUUGUGGCAACAAUGAAAGAAGUACACUCUUGUUUAAUUGUGGCGUCCAUUCACAGCCAUUACAGUACGUGCAAUGCGUAUGAUGUGCGUUGGAAGGACGGAACUCAUUUGGAAUAGAUGGAAGUCUGUUUCACUGUUUUAAUAUUGUUUGAUAAAGAAAUACAAAGACGAGCUGGAGUAGUUGAUUUUGUUGAAUUUGAUAUUUAAACCUCCUUUGACAUGGUAACUUUUAAUGUUUUAACGAAUUGUAAUAAAAUCAUUGUUGUGUCUU